AUGAAACACAAUAGAGAUAAAUGCGGAGACUGUGGUAAAAAUCAAAAACUUAAACCUAAUAAACUUUGCAUUUAUUGUAAUUCCAAACAAACUAAAUGCACCGGCUGUAAUAGAAAAGUAAACCUUAAAUACGAGAACAACAGUUUAUGUGCUGAUUGUUAUAAUGCACGAUUUCUGAAUAUUAAUAGUGGAAAUAAAGAUAUUGACAAUUUAAUUAAAGCAUCACAUAAUAAACAACUUAAAUACAGAUUAGAAUGGGUUCCAUUCAAGGACUUCGUAGACAUAAAUCAAAUUGGAACAGGUGGCUUUAGUGAAGUUUACACUGCCACAUGGACAAAAGGAACACUAAAGGGUGCUAAAAGAGAACUUGAACGGAAUGAAAAUGCGACAGUUGUGCUAAAGGUUCUUAAAGAUUCCUCUGACAUUGAUUCUUCAUUCUUAAAAGAACCUAAUUCCCCCAAACGUCAACUUGUUCAAUGCUAUGGAGUGUCACAAGAUCCAAAUACAAAUAAUUAUAUAUUUGUUAUGUCUUAUAUGUCUCAUGGAAGUUUAAAUAAAUAUUUAUCAACUAAUUUUAAAAAUAUUACUUGGAAUAUGAAACUAAACCUUUUUAGGGAUAUUGUUAAAGGCAUUAAAUGGAUUCAUGAAAACAAAAUAAUACACCGCGAUAUACACAGUGGAAAUAUAUUAAUAGAUAAAAAGAAGAGAAAUG